AUGGAGGCCCAGGCUAGAGAAUAUGAGGCCAAGAUCAGCCGGACCUCUGGCCAGGAGGCCUUCAAGAAUGCCAUCCAGGCGGCCGAGCUGUACAUGAAGGCCGUCAAGGAGGCCCCCACGGCUGCUGAGAAGUCCCGCCUCAAGGCCAGGUGCCGCGACCUUAUUGCGCAGGCCGAGACCCUCAAGACGUCGGGCCCCACUGCCGCGCCGCCCAAGGCCCCGAAGCCCAGGGGUCCUCGCCAGAGUCGCGAGCUCCCGACGGCUGAGAAGACCAUCUUGUGGCGGUCCUCCAAGCUGCAUGGCAGCGUCUUCCCGCCCUGGGAGGCCGACCCUGACCCGGCCGUCUUCCGGAGCAAGAAGCUGGACGAGCCGCUUUUCACUGACCCCUCAGAGUUCUCCUUCUCCAAGAAGCAAAAUGAGAUCUUUGACGGCUGGAAGCGUCCCGCCGAGAUCUUCAACGACUCGGGCCCGGAGUUGUUCGAGAACAUCAUGGUUGCCAAGACGAACAGCGACCUCGUGCAGGACAUCACGACAGACUGCUCUGUGGUGGCCAGUCUAUGUGCGGUGAUGCGCCAUUUAAAUCCCAAUAAGAAGGACUCGCUGCUACCAACGUUACUGUACCCCUUCGACUACUCCAAGGGCCGGCCUAUAGCUUCGCAAAAUGGAAAAUACAUGUUCCGCCUCAACUUCAACGGCUGUUUCCGCCAGGUGGUCGUUGACGAUCGCCUGCCCACCUCCAAGACGUCUCGGACAUUCUUCGUCGUAGACCGGAGGAAUCCAGAGCUUGUGUGGCCUGCUCUUAUGGAGAAGGCUUACUUGAAGAUACGCGGUGGUUAUGAUUUCCCGGGCAGUAAUUCUGGCACAGAUCUUUGGGUACUCACCGGAUGGAUACCAGAACAGAUCUUUUUACAGAGCGACGACAUUGAGCUCGAUCAGACUUGGAAGCGCAUCAAGAACGCAUUCGAGUACGGCGACGUGGUGGUCACUCUGGGCACAGGGCGUCUCUCCCGCCAGGAGGAAGAGACGCUCGGGCUGGCGGGCGAGCACGACUACGCCGUCAUGGACCUCAAAGUCCAGGCCACGGGCGAGCGCCGGAUGCUCCUGAAGAACCCUUGGUGCGACGGGCUCGUGUGGAAAGGCUUCGGCUCCACCACCACAGUCGACGCGGAGGUAUACCCACCGCCAUCACCGACUUUGUCGCGCCCAGCCCAGCGCUCCAACUCGGACGUCACAGCCCCGUCGCCAUAUGCCGAGCUGACGGGGACCUUCUGGAUCUCCAUCGAGGACGUCGUCCAGAACUUCGAGUCGCUCUACCUGAAUUGGAACCCAAGCCUGUUCACCGACCGCCAGGACCACCACUUCACGUGGACGCUCCCUAGCCGGGCCAUGCAGCGCUCGUUCGCGCACAACCCGCAGUACUCGUUCACGUCCCCGACGUCGGGCGCCGUCUGGAUCCUGCUGUCGCGGCACUUCCAGGACGGCGAGCUGCCCAUCGCGCGCAGCCGGCACACGAGGCAGCCCAACGCCGCGUCCUACAGCCUCGGCUUCAUGUCCAUCUACCUCUUCGACAACGCCGACGGCCACUGCGUCCAGCUCCCGGACAGGCCGGCGCAGCAGUCCCCCUUCGUCGACAGCCCGCAGACCCUCCUGCGCUUCGAGGCCCAGGCCGGCACCGCCUACACCGUCGUCGUGGCGCAGGAGGGCCUGCCGCUGCCAAAGUACCCGUCCACCCUGUCCUUCUUCAGCCGCUCGCCCCUCACCAUCAGCCCGGCCACGCCGCCCCUGAAGCACUACACCGAGCUCGAGUCGGCGUGGACGCGGCGCACGGCGGGCGGCAACGCCCGCACCGUCUCCUUCUUCCACAACCCCCAGUUCGCCCUCGUGGUGCCGCACCCCACGCCCAUCUCGCUGCACCUGGCCACGGAUGCAGACGACGUCCCCGUGCACGUGGACCUGGUGUGGUCUCAGGGAGGGCGCCGCGUGACCGCCCUGACGGUGCGCGACAUCGUCUGCUCCUCGGGCGAGUACCGCCGGGGCUGCGCGCUCGCCGAGAUCCGCCGCCCGCAGACCAUCGACGCGGGGACCUACACCGUCGUCGCCUCGACCUUCGAGCCGGGCCAGCUGGCCUGCUUCGCCCUGCGCGUCGGCUCCGACGUCCCCGUCCAGCUGCGUCCCGUGCUCUCCGACGCCGCGGGCCGGCUGCGCUCCGAGCUCGACCCCGUCGUCUUCCGCGAGGGCGAGAGCGAGCGCCAGCGCGCCCCCGUCACCAUCACCCGCCUGCGCGCGCCAGCGUCCGGCUCGGUGGCCGCCCUGGGCAUCACGAGCAGCAGCGCCAACGCAGCAGCCACAGCAUCAGCAUCACAUCAGGAUCACCACCACCACCAGGCACCCCCGCCCGCGUCCUCCGGCACCGCGAGCCCGAUCAGCAUCCCGUGCUCGGUGCGCGUGUCCUUCGAGUACGGGUCCGGCCCGCACGCGCGCGCCGCGGCCGUCACGGCGGACGGCGAGUUCGCGGACGCGAGCAUGGGCCUUCGCACGGGCGACGUCGACCUCGACCCGGACGCCGCGCGGCGCGCCGGGGGGCUGUGGCUCGUCGUCGAGCAGAUGGGCGUGCACCGCGAGGGCCAGGGCAUCCAGGUCGACGUGCUCAGCGACGGGAGGAUCGGCGUCGGGCCCUGGGAGAGCGUGGACGAUUGA